AUGUGGUGCCAAGAAGGAGGCAGUGCAAAGAAGUAUACCUCAUUGGACGGAGGGAAGGUCACUACAGGGGUAAGCCGGUGUAUCUUGUACUGGGAGUGCUGCUACUCCGUUUGCGGGUUAGCCUGCCCGUCGUUGCUGGAAGGGGUCCCACCAUUGCGAAGCUACCUCCCUCUACAUAUGGAGCCCUGGCUCGCUCUCUCCUCAUCACCAAAAGGUGGGAAGAUCCACCCCGGCCCCGUGUGGGGCAACUUCCCAUUUCACACGGUACUGACGCCCUUUCCAGCCAAGUCCUUCAAAUUCAUUCCAUUAGAACAGACCAUCAUCGUUGCUUUUCCCCCAAGGGUUCGGUCCCUUGAGACGUUGUCAAACUUCAUUCCUCAACUUACUACAGACACUCCAAACAUCUGGGCGGGUGUUUUGCUUGGAACAGGCCCUGAAUCAGGACGAGAACGCGACGACUGGAUAGCACAUGCUCGCUCUUAUCAAAUUCAACGGAUACCUCUCGCUCCACAAGCCCACCGUCGGCGCUACCUCAACUUUGACAGCAGCGUUUCUAUACUCCGUACGGAGCACGCAGUGCGCAUCUGCUUCAUUUGUUUCGACAUCGUGUUUCUUCGCCGCUGCGGCACCGACUCUUAUAGCGCCCCAUACGAAUGCUGCGUAGGCACUCCUCGUACUCUGUACAAAGUCACACCAAUCAUCUGGCCAUGGGUCUUGCACUCGUACCCCCAAGAACCGACCAUCCUCGAGGCUGAGCGCCAGCUUGACUCCCGGCGCCCGGCGGCUAUUGAACAACCUGACUGGCUCGCCUUGGCUGAUACUGUUAGUCGCCUCACGGAUAAGCAACUUGAAUCAUCGAUGAACCUAGGGCUAGCGUCUUCUGAACCUGCGACUAGAGGAGCAGAGCAGCACAAGUUGCCCACGCCCAUUAACUCCCGUACAAGUUCUGGCAAAGUAAUUGGAACUUUCGAAUCCAAAAACACCCACAGUGCGACAAAGUGUUCGAUCGGGCCAGACCUGCGGGUGGGAUGGCAGGCUGCAGUGGCCCAAGAUCGACAGCCAGAACAGCAUCCUGCAGUACAAAGCUUUUACAUUUCCAAUAAUCGACCAGCUUCUUACUCUGUAAGCCCCCUUCCCCCGUGCCGCAUCUUCUCUCUCUUGCAGGCGUUCUCGGGAGGCAUACCAGCCAUCCACGUCGAACAUAGCGCUUUCGCCUUCUUUCAGACACUUGUGCCGUAUCACAUCUAG